GGGGCUUUGGGUUUCUAAAAAAGGAAUAGUUUCUGACCGGCAGUGAUGACGCAUACGCUACGCUGCUCGCAGAGCAGUAUAAGAGAGCACACUCCGCUCUGCCUCCGCGGACACAUGGGGGAGAGACUGAGGGUUCGACUUUGAUAGCCUCACGGUUAACAGAGAGAUGAACACAACCGAGAAGUUUUACCUUCCCGUUGAUGGCAUCCUCGAGCUGUUCUCCUCUGUCACCGGGCAUCACCAAAUGAGCACUGCGCGCCUAACCGUCCGGAGCAGAGCGCUCACCCCGCACUCAAGCAUCCCCAAAACAGGCAUGGGCAUUAUCAGAACCGUUAAGGGCUGCUGGAGACGGCAGGACAAGAAAGUGGUUACGCGUAGGUCGUCAAGUUCAGGCAAUCGUCAGCUUUCAACCGACCGGCUCCCUAAAAUAUCAGCAGACCUGGCGGAGUUAGGUCAGACCAAACCCCGAAACUGUCACAGAAUAGUUGCGCUGGGGGCGCCGAGAGUCGGCAAAACCAACAUCCUCCGGCGGUUCUUGUGUGAAGAAUAUGAAGAAAGCUAUGAGCCAACGGUGGAGGACUUCUACAGAAAGCUGUUUCGUAUUGGAGGAGAGGCAUACCAGGUCGAUCUCCUGGAUGCAGCAGGGGAAAGGGACUUCCCUGCCAAGCGGAGACUGUCCAUUCUGACAGGUGACAUUUUUCUGCUCGUCUUUAGUUUGGACGACAGGGACUCUUUGAAUGAAGCCAAAGAGCUGCUCAGUGAAAUCAAAGCUGCGAAAGCAAAGUUGCUCAAAUCGAACUCUCCGGUCAGGGUGCCGGUUGUGGUGUGCGGCAACAAAGCGGACCUGGAGGGACAGAGAGCCGUGAGGCGGUCAGAGGUGGGGCGACUCCUCGGUGAGGACGUCCCGUACUUCGAAACGUCCGCGAAAAGCUGCUCUGGGCUGGAGGAUGCGUUCAGGGCCCUGGCCGCCGUCGGGGGGAUGCCCGAGGACACGAGCCCGAUGAGGCAUCGGGUCGUGCCCAUCCUCGCCUACCAGUCGAUGGUGGUCGGCGGGAGGAGGAAGCCCCCCCCCCCGGGGUCUGGGCCCCCCCUGUGCCGCCGUGGACCCGCAUGCGCGCCGUCCCAGCUUCACCAGCGACCUGCGCCUGGUGCUUGGAUCAAGCACCAAGAACAAGAAACCCGAGAAGUGUCAGAUUCAAUGAAUUGCAUAAAACAAUUAUGCAAUAAACCUACGUCUCCAUCACCAUAG